AUGUCCGUCUUUCCUGGUCAUGAUCGUGACCCCGAAGCGACAGUCUCCUCAACACCACCUAGGGAGCAAAUCAACAAGUCCACACCAGAAAUGGCGACUGUCAGCAGAGAAGAGCACGACUCGACUUCGUCCCCGUCUCUUCAUCAUGUCGAUUCGAGCCGCGGCGAUAACGCAGCGCUUUCGUCUUUUACCAUCAUACGCAAUCAAUUCCUUGCCCUCUGCAAGAAGAACUGGAUCGUGCUACGCUCCUACUGGUUGAUCAAUUUGUUGCGAUGCUUGAUCGUCCCGAUCGCAUACUAUGUCUUUUUGGGCGAGGCAAAGAACUUCUUCAAUACCACCAACGACCUCGGUCUUGGUCAACCCGUUGCGAUCCGGUCUCUGUCCGAGAGUCUCAACGGCAAGCCAUUCUACUGGCUUGACUCGCGCACAUCUGCAGCUGGAUCUAGAUUCUCGCCGCAGCAGAUCAUCGAUGUUGUUCUUGACAGUUUACAACCACAUCAACGAUCGCUGGUCAGACAGGUCAGCGACGAUGAAGAAUUGGGCCUUGCCUGUCCGCAGGCGUUCAAUGGCCUUAGCUCUUGCUUCGGCGCCAUUUCUUUCACCAACAUCACUACACAGGGUAGCGUUACUUAUACUCUGAGGCAAGAUCCUGGCUUGAACCGGAUCAAGGUCAGCUCAAACAGCGGUGAUGCCGAAACCAGGACGUUUCCGAUGCAAUUUGCGGUUGACUCUGCUAUCUUGCAGCUCAAUGGCGCUCCUUCCUCGUUCUACGCACAGCCACCUCUGGAACAGCCUUUCUCGCAGCAGACCAAUGCCGAACAAUCCGAGAGCCAACGUAGAGGCUUCCUCGGCGGUGUCGACCAACUCACCGUGCUCGCCUUCUUCAUUGGUAUGCUCGGUGUCGUAUGGCACCUUUCCUCUUCCGUCAGCGAAGAGCGCGGCUCCGGCAUGACCGCUUUGCUGACCACCAUGGGCUGUGCACAGCUGCCUCGUCUCCUCAGCUGGCUCUGUGGCCCAGGUGCCGCCUACCUCCCCGCAUGGUUCGUCAUGGGAGGCUCGCUCUCCGCUACUUUGUGGACGACGAGCAACAAAGCGCUCUGCAUCUUUGCUCACGUUCUGCCUGGUCUAGCGAUGGCAAGUUGGUCGCUCUUUGUCGCAACCUUUUUCGCUCGUGCAAACGUUUCAAGCAUCAUCACAACUGCCCUUGCCAUCCUGAUGGCCAUUGUAGCUCUCAUCACAAAACACAUUGGAGAAGGAGGUGGUAUUGUGAUCGGCUUGCUCUUUCCUUCGGCAUCGUUCGUGUACGAAUUUAUCGCCAUUUCUGCAUACGAGCACCAAGGCAUGCCGGCUAAGGUUACCACAUCACAUGAUGGCAUCAACAGAGGUCCUUCAGUUCUAGGUCAAAUCAUUGUGCAGGUCGUUGGCAUCUUUCUCUUCCCAGCCCUGACCAUCUUGCUGGAGCGCAAAUUGUUCUUUGCAGAGCCAUUCUUUCAGUGGCUCUUCCGAUCUCGCUCCUCUUUGUCUAAGUUUGACGACGCGAGCGGUCUGGAGAAAGCCAGAUCCAUCAGCGAAGCGACCCCAGCAUUGAUGAUCAGGAACCUGACCAAAAAGUACGGUAAGAAGGAAAGCAGUCUCGCUGUCGACAAUUUGGAUCUCGAAGUGCCACGCGGCAGCAUCACUUGUUUGCUUGGGUCUAACGGUUCCGGAAAGUCGACUACAAUUGGCAUCGUUGGUGGCACGGUCCGUAAAACCUCGGGCGAAAUUUACAUUGACGGUUUUGAACGCGGCGCCGCUCCGCCCGGUCUCGUUGGCGUCUGCCCCCAGAAGGAUGUCCUCUUCAAUCAGCUCAACUGUCUUCAGCAUGUCGAGCUAUUCCACGCUAUCAAGCAUCGUCGUGGUGCCAAGGAUGAUGCUUCCGAUCUGCUUACCCAGUGUGAGCUUUCGCACAAACUCGAGUCGAAACCUACGCAGCUCUCUGGUGGUCAAAAGCGACGUCUGCAGACUGCGGCUGCCUUGGUAGGCCAGUCAACGUUUCUCAUGUUUGACGAAGCCACGUCUGGUCUGGAUCCCUUAUCCCGCCGUGCCAUCUGGAAGAUUCUGCUCAAAGAAAGGGGUAAGCGCUCGAUUCUGCUGACGAGUCACUUUUUGGACGAGGCGGAUCUGCUCGGCGAUCACAUAGUCAUCUUGGCGGCUCCGGGCAAGAAGCUAUGCCAAGGCACGCCGAUCGAGCUCAAGACACGAUUCGGUCAGGGAAGCACCAUUCACGUGUCUCCCGCUGGAUGCGGGCUGCUCCCGGUCCUCGAGGGCGUGUGUCCAGGCAGUAAGCAGAUUGCAGCGAAUGAGGCAGGCCAGGAUUCUUUCCUGAUUCCGUCGACCGAACAAACACAUGUAGCUCGAGCGCUGGAGGCAAUCGAAGAGCGUAAAAGUGCGCUCGGAGUCGAAAGCUACGAUGUGGCAGGCCCUUCUCUCGAAAGUGUCUUCCUCUCGCUCAACUCGGAACAUGCUCGAUCGAAUGGCAAACAAGAAGAGGUCGACGAGAUGGAAGGCAACGUCGGCCAUCAUCACAACGAGGCCGAGCUCUCGGACGGUGGCGUCGCAAGCGUAUUUGCCCUCACGCUAGCACAGUUGGGCAAGCGCAUGGUGCUCUACCGGCGCAUCUUCCUUCCUGCCAUCUUUGCGAUCCUUGUUGCUGUCCUCGGCUCGAUCGUGCCGCUGGCAUUCUUCUCGGACCGAAAUCCGUCCUGUAGUCGUGGCUUCAGGGAUCGCGAGCUGUUCGAUAGCGCAAACUUCUGGAAUGGUGCGAUGUUCUCUACCGAGCUGCUAUAUGCUGCGCCUGAAGCUAAUGCGCAAGUUGUAUUUGGAAAUGGUUUCAACCUCAGUGCUGUUGCGUUUGACCGCGUACCUCUGGACCAGUACAAUGCGUCCAUCACAAGAGCCUGGGACGCUAAGCAGCGGGUCGCUGGGGGUAUUGCGUUGCCAGGCAACAAUACCGGUGGAAGGAACCAAUUUUCGUACAUUGCAGACAACGGGGCGCUCAUUCCGAUCGCAGCGCUGAACCUUGUUAGCAACGCCGGACUUGCCAGCCUGCGUGGCACUAGCAGUGGUGGUACGGAUGGCUCGCCCACCAUCACGUCGCUCUACCGCCCGCUCAGCAACCUCUCACUAGGAAACGGUCUGGGCUCAGCACUCAAAUGGACCGUGGUGUUCGGGUUGGUUCAGGCGGUAUGGCCCGCCUUCGCCACUCUGUACCCAUCUGCGGAGCGUAACAACCGCGUUAAGGCGAUGGCGCUGACCAACGGGAUGCGUGCCGUGCCUCUCUGGUUGGGUCACCUGGUCGCCGAGCUUCCCGUCAUUGUUAUCAGCACCGUGCCCGUGGCGGUUGUGUACACGUUUGCUUCGGAUCAGUUUGCAGGCGAAGGUGUCUUCUGGGUGGUGUUGUUCCUGCAUGGUGUAUCUUCGACGCUGCAGAGCUUUGUGGUUUCGCUCUUGGCACCAAAUCAGCUCGCAGCGUUUGCCAUUGUUGCAGCGUGGAACGUGCUCGCGUUUCUGAUCUACUUUGCUACCACUAUGCUCACGGUAACGUACUACGUUGGGAAUGGCUUGGCAGGAGCGUUAGAUGCGGCGUACUACGUGGAAGCGAUCCUUGCGCCAAGUGUCAGCAUGACCAGAGCCGGGUUUGUGAGCGUCAACCUGUUCAACUUACUCUGCAACGGUAGAGGCGGCGUUAAGAGCGGCGGCAUCGCAGCGAUCGAUCUUCUAGGUGCACCGAUCAUCUACACGAUCGUAUGGGCGAUUGUAUGUUUUGCGAUCCUGGUGGCGCACGAUUCGGGGUACCCGCUCUUGCCGACUUGGCUCGGCUUGGUGCGCCACAAGCAUUGCCGAGGCGCAGUGGGCGACGGCGCGGAUGAAGAGGCGAAGGUGCAAGACGUUGGACAGGGUGUGCGCGAAGAAGCGAUGCGACUCGACUCGGCGGAUUGCGAUGACGUGCUACAGGCGAAGCACCUCAACAAGUCGUACGGCAAGCUGCUUGCGGUCGACGAUGUCUCGCUCGGCGUUCGCAGGGAAGAAACGGUGGCGUUGCUGGGUAUCAAUGGUGGUGGAAAGACGACCACGCAUGCGCUGAUUCGUGGCGAACUUACACCGGAUGCAGGCAGUGUUACGAUUGCAGGUAUUGGUGUGGCGCAGCAGCGUACGCUGGCACGAUCUCACAUUGCCUCUGUGCCGCAAUUCGAUGGUCUCGAUCCGUUACUGACGGUUGAGGAGCACCUGCGAACGUACGCACGGAUCAAAGGUGUCCCCGCCACGCAGCGCAGAGAGAAUGUCGGCGCUGUUAUGCAUCUGACCAAUUUGACGCAGUACGCGGAUCGUCGCGCUGGCGCAUUGUCUGGUGGCAACAUGCGCAAACUCUCGUUGGCGAUCGCGUUGCUCGGCAACCCUUCGGUUCUACUGCUGGACGAACUCUCGUCGGGCGUCGAUUCAUGGACCAAGCGCGGAUUGUGGCAGACGCUACGUCGAGCAGGCCGAGGGAGAGCGACGCUCAUCACUUCACACAGCAUGGAGGAGGCUGCAGCGCUGGCGUCGAGGGUGGCAAUUCAGGCAUCUCGCAUCUUGGCGAUCGAUACGAUUGCCAACCUGCGUAAGACGCAUCCGAGCUACGAGCUGCAGCUCGACAUUGCACAGCACUAUCGAGGCUCGGCCGAGGCGUAUGCGCGCAUCGAACAGUUGGUGACCACGCUCUUCCCGAGAGCGAGCACGUCGGACGAGGCGAGUGCCAGGUUCGAGAUCCCGUUGGAUGCAGGCGAUAGCGUAGCGGCGCUGUUUGCGAAACUGGAGCGUGCCAGAGUCGAGUGCGAGCAAGCCGGUGUAAUAGGUUAUCAGAUCAGCCCGGUUUCGUUAGAGAGCUUGUUCUUGCACAUUGUCAGGAAGGCUCAGUCAGACGCAGCUACGAACGAGAUUGGUCGACAUCAGAAAUGUGCCCAGUAG